GUGCGCGGGCUGCGUGCGGCUGAUGGCACAGGGGACAAAAUAUAUCGAACAUCAAAAACGGUUCUUCUUCUGUGUUUAUAUUACUGUUGGAUGUUGAGAUCAUCAUUUCAAUGAGGUAAGGAAGGAAGGAUGUUGUGUAAGAGUUUUGGAAGUUUAAAGUUAAGUAGUCGACAAUUAUCUAGUAGUAUAGUGAGGCAUGGAACUAUUCAAUUAAGAGAUUAUCAAUUGGAAGCCAUUAAAUGCGUUCAAACUGCUAUUGAUGAAGGAAAUCGACGUCCAGCUGUUGUACUUGCGACAGGUGGAGGUAAAACUGUAGUAUUUUCUCAUAUAAUUCCUUUACUUAAACCUUCAUCACCUAAUAGAGGAAAUAAAACUCUUGUACUAGCUCAUCGAGAAGAAUUAGUUAAACAAGCAGCUGAUACUAUAAGAUCAAUAAAUCCUAAUUUAAAAGUAGAUAUUGAUAUGAGAUCACUGAAACCUUCAAAUGAUGCAGAUGUAAUUGUUGGAUCUGUACCAACAUUAGUAAGAAUGACUCGACUUAAUAUGUAUGAUCCAUCCCAAUUUAAAACAAUUAUACUUGAUGAAUGUCAUCAUGCAGCUGCAAAUUCAUGGAUUAAAAUAUUAAAAUAUUUUGGAGCUGAUACACCUCAACUGGAUAUUUAUGUAUUAGGAUUUACUGCAACAAUGGAAAGAAAUGAUGGGAAAAAUUUGGGUUUUACAUUUGAUAAGAUAGUUUUUGAAAGAAAUUUAAUGGAAAUGGUAAGUAAUAAAGAAUUGGUUGAUGUUAAAUUUUUAAGUGUUAAAAUGGAUAUAGAUUUGCAUAAAGUUAAAACUAAAUUAAAUGAUUAUGAAGUUAAUAGUUUAUCAGAAGUAAUGAAUACUAGUGAUAAUAAUCUUAUUCUUGUAUUAUCAUAUCUUCAAUUACGAGAAAAAUUUGGAUUUAAAAGUACUAUAAUAUUUUGUGUUGAUAUAAAUCAUUGUAAAACUUUAUGUGAUGUUUUACAACGUCAAGGUAUAAAUGCACAAUAUGUUACAGGAGAUACUAUUAAAACAGAAAGAAGUUAUAUUAUUCAAGAUUUUAAAGAUGGGAAAAUUGAUGUAUUAUGUAAUGUUCAAGUGUUUACUGAAGGUACUGAUAUACCUAAUAUUGAUAGUUUAUUUUUAGCUCGACCUACUAAAUCUCGAUCUUUAUUAGUUCAAAUGAUUGGUAGAGGUCUUAGACAUCAUCAUUCUAAAGAAUUUUGUUAUAUAAUAGAUAUUGCAGGAACAAGAGGUACAGGAAUUCAAUCAGUUCCUACUUUAUUUUCUUUACCACCUGAUUAUGAUAUUAAUGAAAAGACUUAUCCUGAACUUGUUAAAGAAAAGGAAAUUUUGGAUACAGAAGAAGAACUCGAACGAGAAAAAGAAUUAGUUAAAAAAGAGAUUGAGAGACAACAGAUUGCAAGGGAUACUCAUGAACGAUUAACUAGUAUUCAAAAUCUUAAAGAAGAAUUAAUUAUAACAUUUAAUUCAUUUGAUGGAUUUCUUGCGGUUGAAAGUCAUGAUGUUGAACAGUAUAAACAGAAUGUUGUUGUAAAUGAAGUAUUUCGUAAUAGUCAAUUAAAGUGGUUGAGAUUAGAAUAUGAUAUAUGGGGAUUACCAUUCACAUUUGAAGAUUUUAUGUUAAUUAAGAGAAUACAUACUGAGGGUAAGGUUUUAUUUGAAUUAAGUUUAAAUAAAUUUACUGCGGCCUCAUUUUUGCGUUAUCUGGGAUAUAAAUGUCCUAGAAUGUCUACUAAAGCAAUUAUUGAAACAAAUGAGAAUUUAGAGAGUGUAUUAACUAAAGCUAAUAUACUGUUUAGAAGUCUUGAUAGAGGAACAUAUAAAUUCUUUUCUGAAGGUAAUGGACCUUUAAGUAAUAAACAAUAUGAAUUCCUACUUAAGAAACUUUCAUAUCGAGUUAAAUAUGAUUAUAAGGAAACUCCUCAACUAUAUGAAACCCUUGCAGAAGAAUUAAAAAAAUUGAGUCGAAGUCGAGCUGCUGGUUUAACAUUUGCAUUAAAAUAUUCUUCACAAUCAUUAUGGGUUAGAUGGGAAUUACAAAUGUUAAUUGGUCCAAGUAAAAAGACUAAUAACGUGGUAGAGAAGAUAUUUGAUCAGCAAGAUAAACCUAAUUAUUCAAAUGAUAAUCCAGUUUACUUAGCUGCUGGGGUAAAUAAACAAACGAAGCGAGCAUAUAAAUAGUUAGUUAGAGAAAAUUAAUAGCAUUAAAUGAAAAUCAUAAAAAUCG